GUAACUCGCUGGUGUUUGUUGCUAAUUCUCCGUGGCGCAGAAGAAGACUGGAGGAACACACACGCGACACACGAGUUUACAGUCAACUGGGGAAAACGCUGUUUUUUACACAAGAAAUACACAAUGAAAACAGAAAAACAACUCAAACAGAAGAAUGAGAAACAUUUCAGUAAAAAGAAGUCAAAGAAAAAUGCUGACCCUGGAUCAGACGACCACCUCAAUCAGAUUCCUCAUCGAUUACGAGAAAUCAUGAAGAGUAAGGAAAGGAUGAAGCAGGGCUUUAAAAAGAAGAAAAAAGACUCAAAGCCUAAGAUGCUCUCUGGAGAUAUUCCUGUCCCGCACUUCCGCAGAAGGCAGAGAGAGUCCGAGAAAGCUUACGUCCGCCGCAUGACAGAAGAGGCGGAGCAUGUCCUCUUCCUCACAAACAACCAAGUGGAGCGACAUCCGGAGGUGGAGCUAAAGAAAGAGGAGGAGCCGACGGGGGAAAAGAAACCUGCUAAAAAGAAAUGGGAUAAAUUCAAACUACAGCAGCAGAAAAAGAAGUUAAACCAGCAAGUGGAACGUGACGAGGAGGAGAUGUUUAAAGAUGAAGUGCAAUUUGGAGAAGUGGCCAUGGCACCUCCAUCACUGAGUGUCAAACCAAAGAAAGCCACAGUCAAACCUCAGGGGGCGUCCAAAGGUCUUCUCUUGAACUCCCUCCUUGGCCACAGCUCUGUGUCGGUGAACAAACCUUCGAUGGCGAGGAAGAGGAUUAUGGAGGAAGAGCGUGAGAGAGUAGUGCAGCUUUACAGACAGAUGAAGCAGCAGAAACAGAGGCACAAACCUGACAGCUCUGCAACAAACUCCACAUGAUGCUCUGAUUCUAUCACUUUGUAUUGCGUGUUUGCUACCUCUCCACUGGGUAAAAUCACUGUAUUGAAGAAAUUUCUGGCAGCAUAUUUACAAGAGGGUGUAGCGGGAUUGUGUUAAUGACAAAUCCACACUUUUAUAUAAUGCACUGAGAUGCAUUUAAAACUAAAAUUAAGUUUGCCUAGCAUUUUUAUUUUGUGUUGCAAUGGUUUAUUUCUGUUGCACUUGACACAAUCUCAAUUGUAUAAUAGCAAUUACAUAGGUGGAGAUUAAUAGGAAUAUACUACGAGUUCAAUUACAAUACUUUUCAAUUUAAAGCAAGUUUAAAUUAAUAAGCAGUUCUUUAAAUCAGCAGUUUAAUGCUGUUUAAUGUGCAUGAUUAAAUGUGGUUACAGCUUUUUCAGAUGAUACAUUCAUACUGGCCACAGGGAGCUGUUGUCUGUUUUUGCUGAUUAUAAAGAGCUGUUUUGUGGUUGUUUAUGAGUGCAGAUGUACCAUCUCAUCUAGAUGUAGGUCUAGGGAUUAUUGAGAGCAAGACAUAAUAACAUGAGCACGAACUGAAAUCUUAUAUCUCAUGCACACUCAAAUAAAUGAUUAAUUAUAUUUACUAAAAAAAAAUUUAAGGUCAGUGGGUGCAAACAAUUUAUUUGGCUUGAAUUUGAACAAACAAAUGACGUCGAACAUUACUAAGUUUAAGUUGUUUUAAUUCAGGCCAUAUAAAUGGUUUGCAACAAUAGUAAGAUAAGCAAACGUAUUUAUCUGCAGCCUUAUCUAAAGUUAGCAGUGAAAUUGUAGACAAAUAAAAUAUUAACAGAUUAGUACAACCAUUAAGGGAAAAAACUGCUUUGUUUUCAACAUGCCAUGUGGGAUAGGGUUUAGGGUCGGCAUUGAAAUAGUGCAAAAUGUAAGCUCAAAAAUUCUUUGAAAAUGCAUUUUCUGAGAAAUGUCAGAGAAACUAAUAAUAAUAAAAAA